UAUUAAUCGCAUCAAUCAAUAAAGACUACUCAAUCUGGCACUCGAAUAUUUUGCUGUAAACUAACAAGAAAUUUCUAAGCACAUAAAGUUGCCGUGGGUUCUCCAGCCACCAUCCAGAUUCCUUUCCUAUUGAUUUUCUUCCCUUUUUAAGCAUUUCUGUCUUUAAAAAAUCCCAUCUCUUCUCAAAUUGAUCACAUCAGGGGAGGAGUUUCUGCCUCUACUGGCAACUCCUCUGUUUCCACAGCUAUGUCGACCUCGAUUAUUACCGAAUCAGUGGUGGUGAGCGCCGCCGCAGUCGUUGCGGCGGCGUGGGAGGAGGGGGAUAUGGUUAAGUGCGCUUGCUGCGGCUUGACGGAGGAAUGCACUGAAGAGUACAUAGAGAGAAUCCGGGAACGGUACAAGGGGCAGUGGAUCUGCGGGCUCUGCGCGGAGGCGGUGAAGGAUGAAAUUGUGCGCAGCGAGCGGCUGAUCAGCGCGGAGGAGGCCUUAAACCGCCACCUCAAUUUCUGUAAGAAGUUCCGGUUUACUGGCCCGCCUCCGGACCCGGUUAUGCAAUUGAUCGGGGCGAUGAAGCAGAUUCUCAGGCGGAGCUCGGAGUCGCCCAGAUUUUCCAGCAGUCCGGCGGGAAUGAUCGGCAUCGGCGUUGGCGUUGACCUGGCGGAGGGUUCAAUUCCGGCACUUGGGGAUCAUAGCAUGGAAAUGGAAGGCGGCUCAUAAAAAAAUUUAAAAAGGAAUUUUAAAUUAAGCUUAGCAAAGGUAGUAAAAUCGGGAACGAAUAACUUGAUCAUGAGGUAUUUUUGGAUUUCAAUUGUCAAAAGAAAUUUUAUUUUGAUUUAGUGCGACUCCGUGAAGGAUGUGAAAAACAUCGAUUCCAUCAAAUUGAACUAAAUCCUUUCGAAAAAAUUCAAGUUGAACUAAAUUAGCACCUCCACAUUCGAUCAAAAUGUUUGUGAAUCUGACCUUGAAAAAAGAUCACACCCCAUCCCUGAGGGCCCCCAAACCCCGACCGAACGUAUGUUGGGAGGAUGUAAAUUGGACUAUAAUCUCAAUAUGAGGCUCUAUCCCCGGUACUUGCAGAGAUCCUGUGCAUUUUUAGCAUAAUAACCCCUCAUCGCAGUUACCGGGAUUCGAACCCGGGACCUAACCCUUAUGGCACUCCCUUGCUAUCAGUUGAGCUACGCCCGCCGGUUGUGAAUCUGACCUUGAUUUAGCAGUAAGGUUGGGUGUCUGAUUUUUUCAACUGUCUUAUCAAGAAAAUUCUGCCAUUGCCAUAAGGCAGAAAAUCCUCCUAUAUUUUCAAGUUGCAACCUAGUUCAAUUCUAAUUUACACUUAAAUAAUUGCAACACAUCUUUUUGAUAAAUUUUUCAUUCAAAAUUAC